UAUGCCAAACGAACAAAUAAUAUAUAAAAAAAAAAGAAUGGAGGAGAUAAGAAGACUUGCAAUUCAUAUGUUAACUUCGUUAUAAUUUUCUUUGACUCAACUGUGGUCUGUCUGUCUGUCUGUCUGAGUUCCGGUUCUGCGGUCCCGAGAGAGUAGUAAACCUGGGAAGAAGAAGAGGUUCAAAGCAGGUAUGGAAUUGGGUGAAUCCAGUGGACAAAAUCGGGAACGAUGGAGCUACGACGUGUUCUUAAGUUUCCGUGGACCAGAUGUGCGCCGUACCUUUUUAGACCAUCUUUAUACGAGUCUAGUGAGAUCUGGAAUAUACGCAUUCCGGGACGACAACGAACUAGCAAGAGGAAGAAGCAUAUCCCCGGAACUGUUGAAGGCAAUUCAAACCUCGAAAAUUCACCUUGUGGUUUUAUCCAAUAGCUAUGCUUCAUCAUCUUGGUGCCUUGAUGAGCUCGUGCACAUUAUCCGAUGCUUUGAAAGCGACUCGGGACAAAUUGUACUCCCAAUUUUCUACAAUGUUAACCCAUCACAUGUCCGCAGACAAACUGGAUUAUUUGGUGAAUCUUUUUAUCUCCACUGUUUCCGUCAUCCAGAGAGUAAGGCGCAGCAGUGGAAGGAAGCUUUAACUUACAUUGGAAACUUGUCAGGGUAUCACAGUCCUAACUGGGACACUGAUGCAAAAAUGAUCGACCGUGUGAUUAGAGACAUUCUCCAAAGGCUGCCUAGUUCAUACUUGCAUUUACCAACACACGCCGUUGGUAUUAGAUCACGUGUAAGCCGUAUCGAGAAGCUAAUGUGCUUUGGUUUGGAUGAUGUUCAGAUUAUCGGAAUCUGGGGAAUGGCUGGGAUCGGCAAAACAACCUUAGCCAAGGCUACAUUUAACGAAUUCUCACAUCGUUUUGAAGGAAAAAGUUUCCUAGAAAACUUUGGAGAUUACUUGAAGAAACCUAAAGGCAAGUUUCAUCUUCAGAAAAAGCUUCUUUCGGAUAUCUUAAGGAGGGACGACGCAGUGUUCAACAACAUGGAUCAUGCUGUGGAACAAAGAUUUCGCAACAAAAGGGUAUUCCUUGUCAUUGAUGAUGUUGACGACAUGGUUCAACUUCAUUCAGUCGGAAUAGAUUUGAGAUGCUUUGGUCCCGGAAGCAGGAUAAUCAUUACAACCAAGAACAAGCAUCUGUUAGAGCAGCUUGACGUAGAAAAUAUAUAUUCACCCAAGGAACUUAACCAUGAUGAAUCUCUUGAACUUGUAAGCUGGCAUGCAUUUAGAAGCAAUGACCCUCCUACCAAGUUUCUCCAGCUGUCGAAAAACAUGGUUGAUUACUGUGGAGGACUACCCUUGGCUGUGGAAGUCUUGGGUGCUUUUCUCUACAAGAGAAGCGUUUCGGAGUGGGAAAGCACGUUGGAAUCGUUGAAAACAAUACCUGAUGAUAACAUUCAAGCAAAGCUUCAGAUCAGCUUUGAUGCGCUAAACGCCGCACAGAAAGACAUAUUCUUGGAUAUAUCCUGCUUCUUCAUUAGGAUGGAUAAAGACUACGUAUGUUGCAUAUUGAAUGGAUGCAGAUUAUAUCCUGGCAUAGGACUCAGUGUGUUAAAGGAGAGGUGUCUCAUUACGAUCCAUGAUAACAGGCUGAUGAUGCAUGACUUAGUACGAGACAUGGGAAGAUAUAUUGUCCAAGGAACAUCUCUGAAGAACUGCGAGAGAUGGAGUAGAUUGUGGGACCGUGAUCAUGUUAUAGAUGUAUUGGCAAACUAUUCUGGAACAGAUGCAACUGAAGGACUUAGUUUGAAGGCUGAAGUCACAACGGCUGUUGAUAACUUGGAGGCUAAGGCCUUUUCAAAUCUACGUAAGCUGAGACUAUUACAGCUCAGUCAUGUAGCACUCAACGGAAGCUAUGAAAACUUUCCAAAAGGUUUACGAUGGCUUUGUUGGGUUGGGUUUCCAGAGGAGUCUGUCCCGAUAGACUUACAUUUGAGAAGCUUAGUUGUCAUGGACAUGCAGAAAAGCAACCUUAAACGACUUUGGAUUAAUGAUCAAAAGCCUCAUGAGUACCUUAAGGAGCUAAAAUACCUUGACCUCAGUCAGGCUAUCCAGAAAGUAUAUAUGAUCAGAAAGUUUAUAUGUUUGAUUUUUCUUCUUAAGCCUCAUGAGUACCUUAAGGAGCUAAAAUACCUUGACCUCAGUCAGGCUAUCCAGCUUACAGAGACUCCGGACUUCUCUUAUCUCCCAAACCUUGAGAAGCUGUUCUUGGUAAACUGUCAAAGAUUGGUUAAAGUUCACAAGUCGAUAGAGGUUCUUCAAGGAAGCCUGAUUCUAUUAAAUAUGAGUGGUUGCAUCAAGCUUGGUGAACUUCCGUUGGAGCUCUAUACGUUGAAGUCGCUGGAAACCCUUAUUCUCUCGGGAUGCUCGCAGCUUGAGAGAUUGGAUGAUGCUUUAGGUGAACUGAAGUCCUUGACAACUCUUAAAGCUGAUGAUACUGCUUUGACGCAAAUCCCAUCCUCGAGUGGUCAACUGAAGAAACUGAAAGAGUUAUCUCUUCAUGGCUGCAUGGAGUUAUGGAAGGACAGACACUACACCCAUUCUGAUGAAAGCUCUCAAGUGGCUCUGUUAAGUCCCCUCUCAUUGAACGGUUUAAACUGCUUAAAGACUUUGCGUUUAGGUUCUUGCAAUCUGCCGGAUGAGCUGGUUCCUGCAAAUCUUGGGAGUUUGUCAUCGCUCGAAGAACUUGACCUCCAAGGCAACCACUUUCGUAACUUGCAAACGGAUUUUGCUGGUCUUUUAAGUCUACAGAUUCUUAAGCUGGAUAAUUGCUCACGACUUCGAUCCAUGUUUAGUUUGCCAAAGAAGUUGAGGUCUUUCUACGCGAGAAACUGUACCGUGUUGGAAAGAAUUCCAGACUUACAAGAGUGCUCGGUGUUGCAAUCAUUGCAUCUCACAAACUGUUACAAUCUUGUUGAGACACCAGGGCUGGAGGGACUGAAAACAGUUGGAGUCAUCCACAUGGAAAUGUGCAACGGCAUACCAUAUUCUCACAGAGAAAGAAUCAUGCAGGGGUGGGCUGUUGCUGCCCAUGGGGGGAUUUUUGUCCCGGGAUCAAGCCUUCCAGACUGGGUUAAUUUCAAGAAUGAGACACGUUCAAUCUCUUUUACUGUCCCUGAACCAACUUUGAAUUCUGAUCUGGUCGGGUUUACCGUGGGGACAACAUACGUGAGUCAGGAAGAUGAUGUGAUGUCUGCAUACUCUCCAAAGAUCACAUUGAAGAAUCAAACCAAGGGAGAUGGAUGGAGUCGUAAUCUAGCAACGGAUCACAUUCGUAUGUACCGUGAAGAACACAUCUGGCAAGGGUUCUUUUCAAAUGAAGAUUUCUUGUUAGAAACAGGGGAUCAAGUGCAAGUUUCUGUGGAUUUUGGAGAUAAAGUCACCAUUCUUAAGACAGGACUAACUCUUGCUUACAGAAAAGUCAUUGAAGUCCCAAAUGAACAACUGACUGAAACAGAUGAUGGAGUUGAUAAUGAACUAAAUGAAAACCAAAGAAGACCUCCCAGGAAAGUGGGAAUGUGUUUAAAGACACUUCUGGGGGCGUUUUGUUUGUUGGCAUUCAUUUUUGUUCUUGAAAAGCAUGGUAGAUCCCUGAGCCCCCACAACCACAAUCGCAGGGAUUCUGAUUUUGAUUUGGUAUUGGUGGUUCUGAAUCUUAAUAGAACGCUUGCUAGUGUUAUUCCAAAACGGUUUGUACGGUAGACACAUAAUGAACGUUACAACAAGACACAUGCACUUGUUUCAAGUAGCUUGACUGGGAGAAAACGUCUACUCACUGCUGAAGGGACUUGAUGGUGAUGAAUCUCUCUUCAGUUCUUUCCCGUUUGGACAAAAUAUGUUUGUAGGUUUUAUAGCUUUUACUUUAAGCUUUACUUUAGUUGUGAAAAAGAUAAUGUUCAUUUUUACCUUUUUAAAUGAUCCUCCAUGAA